AUGGCUACCAUUUCAAAGGUGACUACUAUAAAAUGCAGAGCAGCGGUUGCAUGGGAACCCAAAAAACCACUGAAAAUUGAAGAAAUUGAAGUUGCCCCACCGCGAGAAUAUGAAGUACGAAUAAAGGUUUUGUAUACUGCGAUAUGUCAUACGGAUGCUUACACAUUGGACGGUGAUGAUCCGGAAGGAGUAUUCCCCUGUAUUCUUGGACAUGAAGGUGCUGGCGUAGUGGAAAGUGUUGGUAGUGGCGUGACAUGUGUGAAACCUGGGGAUCAUGUUAUUCCAUUAUACACAGCACAAUGCAAGGAGUGUAAAUUUUGUCUUAAUCCGAAAACAAAUUUGUGUCAACGUAUUCGGGUAACACAGGGACAGGGUUUGAUGCCAGAUAAGACGACUCGUUUUUCGCAACAUGGAAAUGCAAUAUAUCACUUUAUGGGUUGCAGUACUUUUAGUGAAUAUAUUGUCGUGUCACAGUAUUCUGUUGCAAAGGUACCUUGUAAUGCACCAUUGGACAAGCUUUGUUUGCUUGGCUGUGGUGUUUCAACUGGUUAUGGAGCAGUGGUAAACAAUUGCAAAGUUGAGCCGGGCUCUACUGUUGCAGUUUGGGGGCUUGGUACCGUUGGGUUAGCCGUUAUUAUGGGAGCUCGAAUUGCUGGUUCCAGGUUGAUCGUGGGAAUUGAUAAAGAUACGAAGAAGUUUGAGAAAGCUAUUGAAUUUGGCGCAGAUGAGUGCAUUAAUCCAAAUGAUAUCCCAAAGAAUCUGCCAUUGCAAACAUUUCUUGUGGACAAAUAUGAUGGUGGUUUCGAUUAUACCUUUGAAUGCAUCGGACUUGUUGAAACAAUGCGUCAAGCACUCGAAGCAGCACACAAAGGCUGGGGUGUGUCUUGUAUCAUUGGUGUUGCGGCUUCAGGGAAGGAAAUAUCAACACGUCCGUUUCAGUUAGUUACUGGUCGUACCUGGAAAGGAUCAGCCUUUGGAGGUUGGAAAAGCGUCGACGAUAUCCCGAAAUUAGUUGAUGAAUAUCAGAAAGGUAAAAUAAAACUGGAUGAAUUUAUCACCGGCUAUUACGAUCUUACAGAAAUUAACACAGCCUUUGAAAUGUUGCGUUCCGGCGACAGGUACGAACAGCAUCUUCUAUGCGCAUUAGCUUCUUGUGAUAAGUACACUCAGAAAGGCAUUACUCAUUUUUCUUUGUCGCAAAAUAUUAAAAUACCUUUGUCUGGUAAAAAGCUGCAUCUGAUGCUGUUUACCGUAAUGCUCCUAUUCCGUUAA